GUAGUGGUGGCGGCGGCGGCUGUGGAGGGCGAGGAGUUGGUGAGGGUGGCUCAGCUAAGCAGCAGCAGCAGCAACAACAGCAGCAGCAGCAUCAACAGGGUGGCGAAAGGUGCUCUCAGUGUGGCAUCCACUGUCGGAACGUCCAUGUCCUGCAGCUUCAUCUCGAGGACGCGCACAAAACAUCCUAUCCCAUCGACAAGCACGAUCUCAACGCCCAGUUCUCCCAAGUGUCUUGCAAGGUGUGUAGCAAAACCUUCGCUAACGUCUAUCGACUACAGAGGCACAUGAUCAGUCAUGACGAAAGUGCCGUUCUGCGAAAGUUCAAAUGUCCUCAUUGCGAGAAGGCCUUCAAGUUCAAGCAUCACCUUAAAGAGCACCUGCGCAUUCACAGCGGAGAAAAGCCAUUCCAGUGCAGCAAUUGCGGCAAGCGUUUCUCUCAUUCUGGAUCGUAUUCGAGUCAUAUGACGGCGAAGAAAUGCUUGAUAAUGAAUCUGAAGAAAUCUAGGCAAAACACCAUAAGCAACGUCGAUCGGGGAUCUAAGAAAGCGCAUCAAUCAUUGUCAGGACGACGUGACGUUGAUCCGCUUGCCAACAAUAACACGUUCCUUCCAAUUUUGCCGAAGAUGUCGCAUUCGGAGUACCAAGAGAUGCAGAGAGAUGCAGCAGGUGUUUACGAGAUGUCGCCGUCCUUGCUACCCUCAAUGAUCGGCUUGGGAAGUUAUUUCCUGCAGACUUCACUAGGCAAACUCCUACAUCAGUUGCAUGUUAAGCGAAUCGACGAGCUUACCGAGCAGUUCGAGACGCACCAGGAAGUAUUGAGUCCAUCAACAGCGGAUUCUGAAGGAACGGAGGGUACAGAGGGCAAGGAGUCCCCUGCGCCAGUCGACUCCCAGGGUCUCGACGCUGUCCGGCGGAUUCUAGAGACCGUGAACACUUCCGUCACGAAGCAACUGCUAGAAGCGAACGUGCGAAAGCUCUACGUCUCCACGUCUCCGUCUACGACGAAGCGAGAGUUUGAAGAGGAUUACCAAGAUCAAGAUAGUGAAAUGUCCAGUGAGAUGACACAUUGUCCGGACUGGGCUGCGACGGACCAAUAUGAUUCACAGAGUGAAGGUUUAGCCGCAAAGCUCGAGAACGUCAAUCAACCGACGUCGAGAUCAGUCUAUAAGAGAAAAAGAGAGGACAGCUCUGAGGUAGAUUCGGAGGAUGAGGAUGAAGGAAAUCAAACUCACAACGACAAUGGUAGGCGGGUGAGAGCUAGGUCUCUCAUAGAUGAUGAACAGUUGGCUGUUCUGAAAGGUUACUACGCUAUUAACCCGCGUCCUAAGAAAGAAGAGAUCAAUAUGAUCGCUGAUUAUAUUAAGUUUCCUACUCGUGUUGUACAGGUUUGGUUUCAAAAUUCUCGAGCCAGGGACCGAAGGGAGUCGAAAAUGCCAGGUCUGGUACCUUUAACAAUAUCGAGAAAUCAGACUGUAAUCGAGCAACCUUUGGAUCUCUCUAAAAAGGAAGCGCUUGCUAUAUCGACGACCAAAGAAAGCGAUACGUCGAGUAGAAAUACUUCGUCGCCUUGUGAGCAGAAGGAUGAUAAUCCAGCUCCGAGCGUCGACAACGACGAUCUUGAGGAUUCGCCUCUCGUCAUUGACGAAGAAACUACUACUGACCCUCUUGAAGUCAAGCGUACACCCCCUAUCGGAGAGAUAAUCGCGAAGAGUCAAAAUCAAGCAAACGUGAAAGGUGAAAAUGAGGCUACACCUCAACCAGAAGCAACCCCUAUAGCAACGGAAACCGAGCAAGGUCUUUAUUUCUGUGAUCGGUGCGACAAAACAUUUUCCAAACACAGUUCCCUCGCGAGACAUAAGUAUGAACAUUCCGGGCAAAGGCCGUACAAAUGCGUGGAGUGUCCCAGAGCGUUCAAGCACAAGCACCAUCUGACUGAACAUAAACGGCUGCACAGUGGCGAAAAGCCCUUCCAGUGCUCCAAGUGCCUCAAGCGCUUCUCUCACUCCGGCUCCUAUAGCCAGCAUAUGAAUCAUCGUUACUCUUACUGCAAGCCCUACAGAGAAUAGGAGUACUCCGCCUGCUCACCUAAGGCUCGCUCGCUUACCUAGGUAGUCUUUUCUCCUUACGUCUAGUAUUUCCAUCUUUUACGCGUAAGUUUUUCUUCCAAGAUUUCAUCUUGCGAGAAGGUGAAAACACCAGAGGUUUGUUCUUUCGACCUGACCUAGGGCUGCACUGGAACUGUACUAGUUGAAGAAAGUUCAAGAUAGUGCAGACCAGUGCAAAGAUACAUAUGGGUCUGAAAAGAACGGGUAAGAGCAAGUUAGAGCAGUGUA